UUACCUAUGUACAUGUUGAAGGACUAAGUUUAGAAAAUCCUGAAAAGUCACUGCAAAGAUGGGAGAAGAGCAGCAGGCUGCUUGUCUCAAUGAAUUAGGGGAAAAUUACACAGGCUGGCUGGCCAAGAGACUUGGAUAUGACUGGAAACUGCUGGCCUUUGAGCUUGGAUUCACACGUCAGCAUCUCUCAGCUAUAGAAAAGAAGAUCGAAGGUAGCGUCCGGGCGCGAUGUGCGGAGAUGUUCCAACAGUGGGAGGCGCAGGUCCCGGAGCUACACGAUAAAGUCGUGAUCCUGAGGCGAGCGUUCGUGGGGAUCCAGCGAGGAGAACUCGCGGACGACCUGUACCAGCGUUACACCCAGAUCCCGCCAUGGCUCAACAGGUAUCAGGAGAAGAACAACUGGAACACACGCACGUUCCCGCCCAGGCCUAAGGACGAUUUCAGGCUGUUCCAACUCCCACUGGAAAUUACUGUGGAACAACCAGGCCAAGACGCAAACAAAUAAACAAAUAACAACAACUGAAACACACGCACGUUUCCGCCGAGGCCUAAGGACGAUUUCAGGCUGUUCCAACUCCCACUGGAAAUUACUUUGGAACAACCAGGUCAAGACGCAAACAAAUAAACAAAUAACAACAACUGGAAUGGUUGCAGAUUCCCACCCAGGCCUAAGGACGAUUUCAGACUGUUCCAUAUCCCACUGGAAAUAACUGUGGAACAACCAGGUCAAGACGCCAACAAAUAAGCAAAUAAUAGAUAACAAUGACAAAUAACAACAACUGGAACACGCUCAGGACGAUUUCAGGCUGUUCCACAUCCCACUGGAAAUCACUGUGGAACAGCCGGAUCAAGACACCAAGAAAUAAAAACGAUGGAAAACAUUAUCUAGAGCAAAUGGGUUCCCUAAAAACCUGUAUGGGUGUAGCCUUCAGUCACCCUACAUCAUACGUCUACAACAUUGGACCAGAGCCAGACAAGAGUUACAAUUCUCCAUGUAUCAUAUUACACCCCCUCUGCCUUACAUUUUGGCAGGCUACUGGCACACACUGAGGCAUUAUAUCAGACGUACCAACUAAUCGCAGUACCUCCAUUUUCACGGAAGUAACAAGGCAGUUUGUGUAUGAAAUCUAAUAAGUGUGACCCUUUGUUUCCAGAUUCAACAGUUUUAUGCAGUUUUCAAUAAAUUGUCCAUUACU